GUGCAUUAAGUUAUAUGUGUAAAAUUUGCAAAAAUGACAUUGAAAAGUAGCGAAUUGCAGUGAUACUGUCGCCAUUUUGGUGUGUAUGUGCGUGUGGAUGGAUGUGUGAUUCAAAAUAGACAAUUUCGAAGGGGAAAGGAGAAAUCAAGGCUCAAGGAACAAUCUGCGAAAAUAUUUUUUAGAUAAAAGAGAAAGUGCUAAAUUGUUUUUUAAUUUACAUAUUUGUAUUGAUGAUAAAAUAUCAAAUUUGUGGAAAACAUUAACUUUCCUAUCGUUUCAAGUGUCUCCGUAUAAGUGCAUAAUUUUGUGUACGAACAACGAAGAUGUCUAGCAGAGACGCAGGUGGAGACAAGUUGGCGCAGCAACAGACACAGCUGAACCAACCACCAAAACAAUCUGUUUUUAGCAAAAAUGCAAUUGCCAACAUAAAUCUGGGUGGAUUUAGUUCCUUCGACAGUGAUUCUCUGCCUGAAUGUUCAGAAUUUGACUCAGAAUCGGUUACUUUGGAUUACUUCAAAGAAAGCUCGCAACGCCCAUCACCAUCAAAAAUGGCGCCCACAACAACAAUUGAAACCAUUACAAUCACAAGGCCAUUGAAGGUCAUUGCAUUUAUAUGUGGUGUCAUCGUUGUCAUACUGAUGAUCAUGGCAUUAGCUUCCACGGACUGGUUAAUGGCUGCUGGCUGGCGUCAGGGUCUCUUUGUGCACUGCAUUGAGGAAGAUGUUGAAUCGCCGCUGCCAUUCAAUCUACAUGAUCCGCCGGGUUGUUAUGCUAGUCGUGAUGUGGCUUACAUCAAAGCCACAGCUGCUCUAUGUAUAAUCACAUUGAUAACUGAUGUGAUUGCCACCAUACUCACUGGCCUGGGUUUGAGAACACAAAAUCACAAUGUCAAAUACAAAUUCUACAGAAUCGCUGUGCUGGUGAUGCUGUUAUCAUUGUUGGCUGUCCUGUCUGCGCUGAUAAUAUAUCCAGUAUGUUUUGCUGGCGAACUCAAUUUGGCGAAUCGGCCAAUUUGGGAAUUUGGUUGGGCCUAUGGUGUUGGCUGGGGUGCAGCUAUCUUCCUAUUCGGCGCCGUUGUGCUACUGCUAUGCGAUAAGGAAUCGGAGGAGAUCUAUUAUAAGGAGAGAAAAAUUGUACAUGAAAACCAUAUGCGCGCCUAGGCCAGGCCGCACGACCUGCCUGACGUCGUUCUUUAGACAUUUAAGUAAAUUAUGCGAUUUCUACUGAUAUAAUACUACUAAACUACUACUAUUACAAAGAACAACAAUAUCUAUAAAUCAGCAAACAAACAACAGUAAAUCGUAAAGUUUAAAAGAUGAACGAGGAAAACAAAAAGUAUACAAAAUUAUAAGUGUGUAAUAUUGUCAUCAUUGCCGCCAAUCAACAUACUAGACAGACAGAAACAACAAUGCUGAAAUUGGAAGAAAGCAGUUUAACUAAUUUAACACAGAAUCCCAACACAUACGAAUACAAAAAACGAAUACAAAAACACAUACAAACAAAGUACAUAUACACGUGCAGCCUUUGUAGAUUGUCAGGUGCUGUAACGUAGCUUUUUUUUUAAAUAUCUUGUGUGAUAAAGCUACAAAAUGUGGUGUAUUUCUCUGUGGAAAUUUGUUGACCGCUAAAUCAAAAAUACUUAGGUGCAUAUCAAAUUCAAAUGUAAAUCAAAACUGAAUUUCGCAAGCGCUAAAACUUGGCAGUAGUUUCGAAUUUUACUGACACGCGUUGACGGCGCCGCCGCGGUUAAGGUGUAAAACACGCAUAUGAUACAUAUUUGAACUUGAAUAGAACACACGAUACACACAAAUACACUCGAAUAUUCACAUACAUACAUAUUUUUUGGCAUGCUAAUGAGCUGAUAUCAUUUGUAUAACCAAUUUUAACAAGUACAUAUAACAACAUAAAUGUAUUCAUGGUGAUCGUAUUUAACCGUUUAGCAUUUCAUAGUUACCUACAAGCAUACUAUAUCUACACAUAUGUAUAUUCAUCUAUAAUCGACGUACAUUGCAAUUAUGCACUUGCAUACAUAUAUAAACACACACAUAAGCAUACUAUGUAUUCAUACAUUUGCCAUUGUCUUCGAAAAUGCAUAGUUGCGCACAGAAAUUGUAUCUCAUAUAUGUAUAUGUAUCUCCUGUAACUUUUUAGUUGACCACCCACUUGACCUAAAAUCAUCUACAUGCAUUCCUUACUUUGUAUUCUUUUGUUUGCUUCUUUAUUGGUGUAACUUCCCACGACAAAAUGUAAAAAAAAA